CCUUCCGGCCACUGUACACGCGCAAGCGCAGAGGCGUCGCCUCGGCUCGGCGUCCCUCCUUCAGCUGAAAGGCUCCUUCCCGGGGCAACGAGGGCGACCGCAAGCACAGGAGAGAGAAACAUGGCAGCAAGGCGGAUGGCACAGGAAUCUUUGGACACCGUUCUACAGGAUAAAUCUAAACGGUACGGGGAUUCCGAGGCUGUUGGUGAAGCUCUCCAUCUUAAAGCUCAAGAUCUCUUACGGACAGGCUCCAGAGCCAGAGCAGAUGUCUAUGAGGACAUCCAUGGUGACAGCAGGUGCUCUGUCAGCGGAUCUGCAGUGUACUCACUAGACCUGGGAAGAGAGGGUCUGAGAGGUGACAUGUUUGUGGGACCCUCCUUCAGAUCUAGCAACCAGUCAGUUGGCGAGGACAGCUAUCUUCGAAAAGAAUGUGGCCGGGAUCUGGAACCAGCCCAUACUGACUCCCGGGACCAGAGUUUUGGCCAUCGGAAUCUGGGACAUUUUCCUUCUCAGGACUGGAAACUUGCGCUCCGUGGCUCUUGGGAACAAGACCUGGGCCACUCAGUUUCUCAAGAAUCCUCCUGGUCACAAGAAUAUGGUUUUGGGCCCUCUUUGUUAGGAGACUUGGCCUCCUCUAGGCGGAUGGAGAAAGAAAGUCGGGAUUUUGACCUGGACCAUCCUGGAGAGGUGGACUCUGUGUCUAGAAGCAGUGGGCAAGUCCUGGCCAGAGGCCGGUCUCUAAAUAUGGCUGACCAGGAAGGCACUCUAAUAGGAAAAGGGGACACUCAGGGCCUGCUUGGAGCAAAGGGUGUUGGGAAGCUUAUCACACUGAAAAGCAUGACCACGAAGAAAAUACCUGUUGUCAGUCGUAUUACUUCCAAACCUCAGGGCACUAACCAAAUCCAGAAAGCCGCCCCAAGUCCUGAUGUGACUGUUGGGGCAAGUCCAGUGCUGGAUGAAAUCCAGUUCGCCGCUCUGAAGAUUCCCUUGGGGAUGGACCUCAGGACCCUCAGCUUCCCUAGAAGAAAGCUGGGUUUUGAUGCCAUAGACAAGGCAGAUGUGUUCUCAAGGUUCGGCAUAGAGAUCAUCAAGUGGGCAGGGUUCCACACUAUCAAGGAUGACCUCAAGUUCUCCCAGCUCUUCCAGACUCUGUUUGAACUGGAAACUGAGACCUGUGCCAAGAUGCUGGCCUCCUUCAAAUGCUCCUUGAAGCCAGAGCACAGAGAUUUCUGCUUUUUUACCAUCAAGUUUCUAAAGCACUCUGCUCUGAAAACGCCCCGAGUUGAUAAUGAGUUUUUAAACAUGCUUUUAGACAAAGGUGCUGUGAAGACCAAAAACUGCUUUUUUGAGAUCAUCAAGCCCUUCGACAAGUAUAUCAUGCGGCUCCAGGAUCGGCUGCUGAAGGGCGUUACGCCCUUACUCAUGGCCUGUAAUGCCUAUGAGCUGAGUGUCAAGAUGAAGACCCUCACCAGCCCGCUGGACCUGGCCGUGGCCCUGGAGACCACCAACUCUCUUUGCAAGAAGUCUCUGGCACUCUUAGGCCAGACCUUCUCCUUGGCUUCUUCCUUCCGGCAGGAGAAGAUCCUAGAGGCUGUGGGCCUUCAAGACAUCGCCCCAUCUCCAGCUUACUUCCCAAAUUUUGAGGACUCCACUUUGUUCGGAAGGGAGUACAUAGACCACCUGAAGGCCUGGCUCAUGGCCAGUGGCUAUCCCCUCCAGGUCAAGAGGGCUGUGCCCCCAGAGCCCCGAGAACAGAAAACCACAGCUCAAACCUGGGCUGCAAGCACUCUGAGCCAAGCAGUUCCCCAGCGGGCAGAUCACAGGGUGGUGGACACCAUUGACCAGCUUGUCAUGCGUGUCAUCCAAGGAAGGCUAUCUCCCAGAGAGAGGACACUUCUCCUGCAGGACCCUGCUUACUGGUUUCUGUCUGAUGAGAGCAGCCUGGAGUAUAAGUACUACAAGCUGAAGUUGGCAGAGUCACAGCGACUGAACCACAGCUGGCCCAUCGUAGAGCGGAGGCCCACGCCAGCACAGUGUGCAGUGCGUGCCAUGCUGUAUGCACAAGCUGUGCGAAGCCUCAAGCGCAGACUCCUCCCAUGGCAGCGCAGGCGGCUGCUUCGUUCCCAGGGUCCUCGGGGCCUGAAGCCCAAGAAAGCCACCACUGCCCAGCAGAUAUCCCUGUCCUCAGGCACUCGGCUAAAACACCAUGGCCGACAGGCCUCUGGCUCCUUGAGGGUAAAGCCACCACCACGGGAUUCAAGUGAUGCUGCCCAGGACUGCCUACCAGAGCCUGCCAAACCCUGUGCUCAGCCCUCCAGCCCUGGAGCCUUGGGCCCAUCUCCUCAGCCAGCAGCAGGGGAUGACUCGGAAGCCCUGCCAGCCUCUUCUCGAUGCUCCUCUGCUAAUAUGGAUGCAAAGACCAUGGAGACUGCUGAGAAGCUGGCCAGAUUUGUGGCUCAGGUUGGCCCUGAGAUUGAGCAGUUCAGCAUAGAGAACAGCACUGACAACCCUGACCUGUGGUUCCUGCAUGACCAGAGCAGCUCAGCUUUCAAGUUCUACCGAGAGAAGGUGCUGGAACUGUGCCCAUCCAUCUCCUUCCAAUCCACGGGUGAGGCUGGGGACUCAGUACAGAGUCCCACAGCUGGCAAGGAGGGUAAGGGUGAGCCAGAGGAGGGUCGCCCUGAGCAGGAGGCUGCACUGGAGGGCUCUGAGGUGCUGCCUGAGGAGGAAGAGGAAGAUGAGGAGGAAAGCGAGGAGGACGAGGGCGGAGAGGAGACCUGCACUCUGACACCACAGACAGGAGCUGCCAAGUGUCCGGGCUCUGAGGGCAGUUCCCCUACUGAAAGCAUCCCUGGAGAGGGGGCCAGGGAAGACCAGGCUGGCACCCCUGGCCUGUCACAGGCCUCUUCUGGCAGCUGCUUUCCUAGGAAGAGAAUCAGCAGCAAGUCGCUGAAAGUUGGCAUGAUCCCUGCCCCAAAGAGGGUGUGUCUCAUCCAGGAGUCAAAGGUUCACGAACCAGUUCGAAUUGCCUACGACAGGCCUCGGGGUCGUCCCAUAGCCAAAAAGAAGAAACCCAAGGACCUGGAGUUUUCCCAGCAGAAACUGACAGACAAGAACGUGGGCUUCCAGAUGCUGCAGAAGAUGGGCUGGAAGGAAGGCCACGGCCUGGGCUCCCUUGGGAAGGGCAUCCGAGAGCCCGUCAGCGUGGGGACUCUCUCAGAAGGAGAGGGCCUGGGAGCUGAUGGACCUGAGCAGAAAGAAGACACCUUUGACGUCUUCCGCCAGCGCAUGAUGCAAAUGUACAGACACAAACGGGCCAGCAAAUAGAUCAGAGCCACUGGCGACAGAGAUAAGCCUCGAAGCAGCCUUGCCCUUCCCGCCACCCUGCCCCGGACGCCUGCAACCUGAGCCUCGGUGUGUACUCGGUCAGCUCCACAUCCCUAGGUCAGGUUCCACCAGGCCUUGCCACUCUGCACAGUGCAGCGGCCACUCAGGCACCCUUGUCUGUCCUGCUUCUGACUCUGUCUUUCAUCUUAUUCCUCUUUGUAGGGUGGUUCCUCGGCCUUGGUGCCAGGGCCUGGCUCCUCUCUCAGGUCUCCACACAGCCCUGCCUUCCAGAGCCCUGUGCUGCUGUCUUCAGAGCUUAUCUGGAAACAGACAGGCUCCAGUGAGCGGGAGCACUGUGGAGUCUUGCUUUAGAGCAAUGGUGUCUGAGAGUUUUGCAGGCUGGGGCAGAGGAUCUAGGUCUAGUUAAAGUCCUGCCUGGCUGUGUAGCAGGGCUCUGUCUUGAGAGACUUCUCAAAAUCUUAGCCCUAAUUAAUAUAGUUGGUGGUUAGAAUAUGCCUGUUUCUGUCUCUGGAAGUGUGUUCUGAGGAAAACGCCAGUCCUUGCACCUCCAGCCUCUACAGUGUGUGGCUCCUGCAGGCGUGUGUUUGAUGCUGCAACACAGUCUCCAUGUACAGUGUCUUUCUGAAGCCUCUGGAAGGACGGCGCGGCCCAGCAGCAAUGGAUGUCUGUAUCGGAGCCCAACUCCACCUAUGCCUGAUGCCCCCAUUUGGUACAGAUACUCUUGCUGCGCCCCAGCCUCCCUGCCACAGUGCUGGGCUUUUGAAAUCAGUCCGUGGAAGUCUGGAAAGGCUGAUGUCAGGGCUGAGGACAUGGUGGUCAGGUGUCAACCAUAAGUGCAGCUGGAGGAUCUUGCUGUAGUGACAUUCAACACUCACAGGCCGUGCGCUUAGCUCUACCUUCUGUUUCCCAGUGUGCUCUUCUUCACAGCUACUGCCGCCCACGCCUACCUCGCUCUCUUCUGUUGUCUUGGCAACUCACAGGUCUUUGUAGCUAUGGAGAUGCUGCACUGCCAAUGGGUCUCAGUCUGACCCUUGAACACUGUAAUCUGCAGGGUGGGAGGUGACAGGUCAGGGACCCCAGGCUGCGGCUUCAUCUUCAGGUCUUUGAUUUCACUUUCAAGCAGCUUCCAUGUUGGCUGUGGGUUGGAAUGGGGCCCUCGUUCGUGGUGGGCUCUUAGGAGGAGUUCCCAUCCAUAAGUGGAGCACGCAUACCUGGGCAUGCUGCUCCAUCUACAUCUCCAGCUUCUCUCCAGACAUCUGCAUUUGUGCUGGUCCAUUGGUCUUCAAGAUGAUUGAGUAAUUGUGGGUAGAUGAUCCUGGUGCCAAGUCUCUGUCACUCUGGGAGUUGAGACUGUUGGGCUGCCUCCCAAGUUGAGAAUGACGUUCUUGGGCUCUUUUCUGGAGGUAGGAUGGGUGGUGUGGGAGAGAGCUCAUAGCUCAGGCCCAUCAGUGUGAGCCGCCGUGACCCUCCUCACACACCCUGCUGCCCUGGCCCUUCUGGGUCACCUUGCUCUCCAGCCAAGCUACUCUGGGGGCAGGGCUGUAGAGGACACCUGAUGCACAUUUGUGUGACCUUGUCCCUGUCACAGUGUUUGUCCUGUCAUUCUAGUUCCAGGGUCACAUCCACUAGGACCAUGGAUUCCAAAAGUUGUGCUGGCCUGACCUGGCCUGGCCUGGCCUGGCUCCGGUGUGCUCCUGUCCCUGGAUGUGCGUCGUGCAAGUUGAUUGUGUACCUGGUAAAAGCUAGAACACACGUGUGAUGUCACCACUUGGACGUAGCUGUAUUGUAAGGAUCUAAGAAGUCAUGGUGUUCGAUGUUGAGUGCUUGGAAUAAAUGAAGAGCAGUCCUGCUGCCCGGCUACCCUGCUGCAGUCACUGAGGCCUCCGUGGGGGUGCAGGCAUGAGGACUUUGAGGCCAGCCUGGGUUAUAUCAUACUCUGUAUUGAAGAAGAGAAAAUAAGUUGGAUAGGGUAGCUCAGGCCUGUAAUCUUAGCACUGGGGAGAUUGAGGCAGGAGGAUUGCUUUCAGUUCCAGGAUACCCUGAGCUACAGAGUAAAGCUGUCUCAAACAUGUGAGUCCUGUGAGGAGGACAUGAAAGGUGGCAGUGCAUACCUAGGCCUGAUGGGUCUGAUGGCCAGGAAUGGGGACUUGAGCCCUGAUGAGCAGUGUCCCUGGGUCCAGCAAUAGUCCCCAGAGUCCAGCCCUGACCACAGAGAUAGCAGUUCAUCAACCCAGACCCAAUGACAAGUGUCUAGCUCUCAUGAGUCUCCCAGGUCUGAUGACAGUGUCACCAGUCCCCAAAAUAGAGGUCUUCCAGGACCAAUAACACCAUACCCUGACUUCGACAGAUGUCUCCCAAGCCUAAUGGUAGGUUGUUCCCUAUGUGUGACGAUGGAGUGGCCCAGGCCCACUGUAUUUUGCAAGCCUCUAAUAGAUUUGUCCAGGUGCCUUCUGUGACCCAGGCUGGUCUUGAAUUUAAUAUCUUCUGCCUCAUCUUCUGGAGUUCUGGGAUCAUCACCAGAUAGUCUGUCACCAGAUAGUCUCUGAGAGAAUGGCUGUCGAUGGCUUACCUGCCUUGUCCCUACCUGGGGCAAGAGCACUGAGUAGUGGGGCCUCAGACAUGAUUUUGUUCUCGAAGGAUCCCUUGCCUCUGGUUUUCCUACAGAUACUUCCCUAUCCCUAAGCAGGAGCGUGAGGAGACCAGGCUGGACAUAGUUCACAGGGCAGUUGAUGCCACACUCAGGAAAAACCCUGGGGUGGCCUAGAAACCAACAGUACAGGGCCCUUCAGAAGUUGCACCUCUUCUGCUUCAUCCUAGAGGAAUUCUGACCAUGAUGGUGGCCAGCCAAGCCCUGCCACCUGGCACCCUGUCUCCUGUUUCUCCUCACCACAGCCAUUGUAGGCGCCAUGUGGGCGAACACAGGGCAGAGUCUCCAGCCACAAUGGGGUGGAGGAUCCCAUUCAGGCUUUGGCCUCUGUCCUCAGUUUCCUUUGACAGACCGUAAAGAGCCAUCAGAAGGUAAAAUGUCCUCGGUGUCUUAGGGUUUCUAUUGCUGUGAUAAAACACCAUGAACAAAAAGCAAUUGGGGAGGAAAGACCUACACUCCCAUAUCACUGAUCAUCAUCACGCCAUCAGGACAGGAACUUGCCACAGGGCAGAAAACUGGAGCCAGCAGCUGAAGCAGAGGCCAUGGAGAAGUGCUAGUUUGCUCCAUAUUGAUUACUCAGCCUGCUUCCUUAUAGAACCCAGGACCACAGCCCAGGAAUGGCCCUCCCUCCCAAUCAUAAGAAAAUGGCCCUCCAGGCUUGCUUACAGCCCAGUCUUACAGAGACAUUUCUCUCCAUUGACAUGGCCCCAGCCUGUGUCAAGUUAACAAGACUAUCCAGAACACCCUUUGAAUUUAGGGCUGUGUGGCCAUUAAAUGUGUCUCAUACAGGAGAUUGUUCCCCUCACUCAGCUUCCAUGGUUCAGGGAGGCUGAGGAUGUAUAUAUAAGCAACAGACUGAAACAUUAAAAACAAAACCCAGAGAGCAAGCUGUGUAUAGUGACCACACAUGGUCAUGACUGCUUGGGACACUGAAGCAGGAGGGUCACUUAACGUAGAAAUUGUGAACCCUACAUGGAGGCCCCCACUCAGCACAAGCCAGAUGCAUGCAGAAUAGAGCACAGAGGACCCUUCUCCUACAUCUGCAAAGUAAAAUGACAGGCACAUAUGAGCCCCAGCAACACGAGACAGCCAGGAGUUCCUGAGUAUUUCCUUAAUGCAUGGAGCAGAACAGAAGCCUGUCCCCUUCCAGGGUGUUCUGCAUACAUAGCUUCAGAGAAAACAGGUUUGAGACAGUUGGAGUUGGAAUUAUGAUUCAUAUUUCACAGCCUUUUUGUUAAAAUUUUUAACAACAAAAUUACUUAUUGGGAUUAAUGAUAUGGCUCAGUAACUAAGAGCACUGGGCCUUCCAGAGACUGGGGUUCAGUUUCCAACACCUACAUGGCACCUUGCACCCUCUGUAACUCUAGUUCCAAGAGACCUGUCACCUUCUGGCCUCAGGCACUGCGUGCACACUGUACAGUUAUACAUGCAGGCAAAACACCCAUACACAUGAAAUAAAUAUCUUUAAGUUAAAAAUUGGUGGGCUGGAGUGAUGGCUGCUUUUCCAGAGGUCCUGAGUUCAAAUCCCAGCAGCCACAUGGUGGCUCACAACCAUCUGUAAUGGGAUCUGAUGCCCUCUUCUAGUGUGUCUGAAGACAAGAACAGCGUACUCGUGCUAAAUAAAUCUUUAAAACAAA